GUGACUGUCCGCUCUCGAGGAGAGGUGCUUCUCUGCAGACGGUAAUUCAAUCUUCAUACUGCAGACCUUUAAAUAUCUCUCGACCAGCAGCCACGUGGUGUAAGGUGAGACAUUCACCCACCAGUCUGGUGAUCAGUGGGCGAGCCGGACCCAUCGCUGCCACUUCAGACUCUUCAAUCAUUCUUUCUUUAGCUUAUACUGAACUCUAAAAGGACUGUUUACCAGUGACUGCAGGGGAUUUCUGUGGCGAGCCCCCACGUCUAUUGUUUUCCUUCCUCUUCUGUUUCAGUCCAGUACGCUCUCUUCUUCUUUUGGACUGUGCACCCUGAGGACCUUGCAGUGAAUGGAGAACAUACUGGUUCUGCUCCCGAAGCACCGACAGGAACACGGGCUCUGCAGGCGCACGACUGCAUGUGCCUUGCUGCAGGUUUUCUCCUGGUCUUUAGUAGCGACCCCAACUCACUUUAAGCCUCUUUAAUGGGAUAAAUCAAUUGGACUGAUCAGGUUCGAGACCAGAUCAGGUGGCCAAUUCCAUUUGGACUUCCCCCCCAAAGAACUGACAGGCCGAGGCAAGCUGAGCUUUUUUUUCUUGUCAAGCCCAGUGUUUUCAAAAGGCUUCCGCAUGGUACUUUGGUCGAAAGAACAAGACAAACUCCCCGACAUCGACAUGUCCUCCGGGGACAUUGAGGGGACGAAGGAGGGCGGCCCCCUGACCCCAGCCCUACUCAACUCCAACUGCUCGGUGCCCCCAGUGGUCCUCUCAAAGGGCCCCGAGGAGGAGAGCCUGGGGAGCGGGAACAACCUCGAGCUCACAGAGGUCCCGAACGGAGACGCCGCGGACGAUGUGGAGAGGUCGGAGAUCGUGGUGGCGACGGACUGCCGGGCGAACGCCAAAGGUCAGCGAGAGGAAGACGCUCUGCUGGAGAACGCCAGCCAGAGCAACGAGAGCGACGAAACGAGCACCGACCAGAGCCCAGAACCACUGGCGCCCCUCAAAGAGACCUCCUUCACCAUCGGCCUGCAGGUGGUCUUCCCCUUCCUGCUGGCCGGGUUCGGGACCGUGGCAGCCGGGAUGGUGCUAGACCUCGUCCAGCACUGGACGGUGUUCAAGGAGGUGAACGAGGUGUUCAUCCUGGUUCCUGCACUGCUGGGACUCAAAGGCAACCUGGAGAUGACGCUGGCCUCCAGACUUUCAACAGCGGCUAACAUUGGUCAGAUGGACAACGCCAAGAACAUGUGGAAGAUGAUAAUGGGGAACUUGGCUCUCAUCCAGGUAACUUUAACACUUGUCAUGUGUCAUGGAGCAUCUCGUACAUCCCCUAAACUAAUCGUGUCACCGGGAGAACUCAUCUUCCUCCAGGUGUUGAUCCUCCUCUACCUGGCAGACUGGAUGGUUCACUGGAUGUGGGGCCGAGGCAUGGACCCCGACAACUUCUCCAUCCCCUACCUGACGGCCCUGGGGGAUCUGCUGGGGACCGGCUUCCUCGCGCUCUGUUUUCACAUGCGAUGGUUUAUAGGGGAUAAAGACUCGAGCUUGGGGAACUGAAUGCAUGCACGGACACAAGCUCAACAAAGAAAAUCCGGAUCCUCGCGACGCGCCACGCUCGGACAGCGCUGAACGCUACCAGUCUGUGUGGAAGCGGACAUUUCCGACUCUGAAAGGGCUUUUCUCCGAUUGAUGGGGUAGCGCUCGUAGGGCAGUAGUGUUUCAUCUUCAGGAUAUCUGCAGCACAGCAGACAGAAUCUGUGUUUCACUUCAGAAACACACUUCUCCACCUCAACCAUUGAACACAACUCUAUAAACUACACUGCUCCUUCUAAAUCUUAAUAACUGAGUCUUACUACUUUUGUUCUUAUUUUACCGUUGACAAUGAUUGUUAUCGUUUGCUAUGAAUCGACAUGUGCAGGGCCAGUCCUCAUUAUUUUCAAUGGGGACGUUAGCCCCUCCUGUUUUUAAAGAUCAAGUUUUAAAACCAAGACAGCAAAAAAUAUAUGUCCAAACAAGCCUUGAAUGCUUAAUCACCAAGUGCUUUGUCAUAUGUAUUUUAUUAAUUUAAUAUGUGUCUAAUUUCUGAUUUAGUCAAGUACCAUAGGCUCUCUUUUACCCUGGCCUCGUGACAGUAGGAAAGAGGAUUGGGUUUUUUUUAUAGUAGGAUAAUGGACCACAAACUUAACUGACUAGAUCCCUAUGGCGUCCUUCCUAUCGGCUGAUAAACUAAUUUGAAUCAAAUCUAAUUUGAGACGUCAUUCGCAUAACAACGACUGCUAGAACACAAAAUGAUUUACCUGUUAGCAGUUAUGAAACACCUAAUCAAUUUCAAAGUUUUGGUUAAAUUAGGUCCAUAGAGGUGCUUCCCUUUUUGGCCAAAUGUACUUAAAACUGCCCAGAGUACACUUCUUCUUUGUUUGAGCAAACACACAGUAAGGGAUUUGUCCGUACACCUUACACAGUAACGUUUUUGGCCUUUUGUGGAUGCCAAGAGGUCAGAGAGGUUUUAAUUUGCUAACAGGAUAGCAUCAGUUCCCCAUCCUAAACUUAUUGUCUAACUCUCUACUAAAACAAGCUAGUUGUUGAAGUUGCUCACGCUCGGCCUAUUGUAAUGACAACAUGCUGCAACGCACUGGAAACAACCUGCAGAGCUAACUGUAUGUCGCUGUAUUCACACAUAGCAGAGUGUGCUGAAGUGCCUUAGCCAGGAUGUGCUAACUCAGGUUCAGCAGUCUCUCAUACCGGAUGAAAAGUUCAGAUUUUGUAUGUGAAUGUUUGAUAUCUUUAAUUUUAACAAACUAUUUCAAAUGCCUUUUGGGAAUCAAAAUUGGAGCACUGAAUCUUUCCAAUGAAAGACAGACCAAUCUUCCUUUAGUUUGGUAUUUUGUAUAGGUUUUAGCUGUAGCUUUAAGAUCAGUGUAGUUCUUUGAGCUGUCUGACGUUCCAGUCAAACCAGCGCUGAUAAAGGCCCGGUCACACCAGCAUGUUUAAAUUAACAAUGAAAUCACAUCAAGUAGUGGAUUCUCUCACUACUUGACAUACAUAUUGAGUUAAACUUAGUUGAAAUUGACCAAUAGCAACAUUUCUGGACUGUCCUGAUCAUUAAGAGAAGAGAUAGAGAUCUUAUCUAGCUAGCUAGCUAUCCGAUCUAGCUAACUAGCUAGCUAUCUCUCCUCUGUUGACCAGAAGUUAUCUAAGCUAAUAGGGCUUGCUCUCAGUUAGCAAGUCUUGUUAGCUUUGAGAUCUUUUAUCCCCAUUGUAGUAACUAUUUGUAAAAAUAAAUGUUUUCCAAUCUCGAGAACAAAAUGCCUGGUGAAGUAAAAGUACAGUAUAGAGAAAAUAGCUAUCUUGAUUGAUUAGCGUUAGCUUGUUUGCGGCUUGCUACUUUUGCAGCCUGCUACUUUCCCCCUCUGUCAAGAACACACACACGUAAUAUGCUGUGCUGGCUUGCGGUGUGACUAGUCACAGGGGUAGAUUUCAUUUAUUUUUGUUCAUGAAAAACGAUAGGAACCUUUAGCUCAACGUGGACCCAAACCAAUUCUCAAUCUAGUGAGUCUCAGCUAACGAAAUGACCACAGCAAAUGUCCACUUUCCUCUUUUUCUAUUAAUAAGGUUAGAGUAAAAUCUCUUUACACACAUAUCAUUGAGAUAACUAAUAAUAAUCUCUUUGGUCAGGAGCCUGACCUUUAGUGACUGAAUGACUGACUAAAUAAUGUUUAAUCUAAGGGGGAAAUCAGAUAACCUCAGUGCCCCAACCCUUAAACACACACAGACUGUGAGUCUCAGCUGCCCUUAGUUGACUCUUUCUUUGAGGGCUCACAGAUGACGAGGAGAAUGAAACAGGAAGUUGUGAGCCAUUUUGAGGCAAAGUCUUACGAGAAAGCUGCAUGUGAUUCUUGACUUUAUCCACCGAUUUUAAGACUUCUGUGCUGUUUCCCAGGGGCCAGCAGAAAGGGCACACAAUGUGAAUGUGCAAAACUUGAUUAUUUUAUCUUUGAAAAAUCUUUUGUUUUAAUCUGACUGAUUUUUUUUUUUACGUGUCAAUUAUUUUUGCAUUUUUUUUUCUAUUCCUUUCCUCCUUUCCCUAAUCUCUUUAACUCUGUGAUUAUUGUUUUGUGUCAUAAAUCUUAUCGAGCAAAAAACAACCACUGUAAAGAUGAAGCGACGUCUGGUCAAAGGCACAAAGUACUGUAAUCUGCAGAGCGGACACCAGAGGGCAGCGCAGGGAUUCUCUUAUAACUUUUCAAUGUGUCUCUGUGUCCUCUGGAUUCACACGUGUCCACAAGGAGUGAUGUUUCUUUUGACUUAUUGUAAAAGUUGCAUCCUCCAUCUGUUCACUGUCAGUCUGUAUCCUCCACUCUCUCACUGACCAGCGUUCUGCCUCUGCGUCAAUGGAAAGUUGUGAAUACUUCUAUAAGAGGGCAAGUAAUGCUUUGUCUAUUUAUUUUUAGAUGCACACAAAGCAAAUUGUACAUAUUAUAUUUAUUCUAUAUAUAAGGUUGUUUAUUUUGUCAUUUCAUUUGGGCUCCGUUUCUUAAUGUUGAUGUCACUUUUCUCUUUAUUUUUCGUUUGCAAAAGGCCAGUAGAGCUUCUUGAUGCUCGCCGCAGUAGAAAAGGCGGCGAGGCUAAUGAAUAGCACAGUGCCUAAUACCAGUCUUUUCAAACACAUACUGUACGCACACGCACGCGCACACGCACACACGCACACGCACACACACACACACACACACACACACACACACACACACACACACACACACACACACACACACACACACACACACACACAGGGAAAGCAUACUUAUAUAGAAUGACCUUAACCUAUCAGAGCCGAGCUCAACUCAGAGUAACCAAUCAGGAGCUAGGUUCGCCACAGAGUAGCGUCUCCUUAAUUAGCUUUGAUUAAUAUAAGAUGUACAGUGAGUUGAUUAUGAUGUAAUGUAAUAAUGAUGACACAGCAGUGGAGAGGAGGGCUGUUUGCAGCUUUUGUUCACAAAAAAAAUUAGAAAAGGGGAAGAUUUUAAUCCACAAACUAGGCAGAAAAACCUGACGUGCAACAAGAAAAAAGGCACACAUAAUUUCUCCUUAUGAUUCCAGAUGGUUCCCCCCAUAUUCAGCCUUAAAAACCCUACUGCCUUGUUCACCUUAGUGCUUCAAACCACCGAGCCCCUGGGAGCAAACAUCCACAUCACGAUGGAGCCUUUGAUUCAGACUUCAGCUCUGAGAAAAACAGUCUCAUGGGGCUGAGGUCUUUGCAAUUUCUGUAUGUUGUUCUUGUAAAAGCCCUCUCUCUUUCUCUGAGGCUGGAGGAAGGCUCUCUCUCCCUGCAGGAAUUUGUAAAUUGCUGGAAAUAAAGGACUAUAUUAUUUCAUACCAUU